UUUAUUUCUAUUGAGAAUAUCAGAUCCUGAGCGCAGAAAAAUGUAUUUCGAGCUCUCGGUAACCCGCCCGAGACCAUCACCAUCACCGAUAUCAUCCUUCCCGAUACUUCAUUGCCGAGGUUCUCAAAAGCUUAAAUUCCCUGUAAGGUGCUCUCAAGAACCCCCACAGCGUUUCAAGCUCUUGGGCCAAUCUUUUGGCGACAGAUGGAAACUAAAAGACAUCGAUGCAAGUGCAGUGCAAGACAGAUUAAACUUAUGGCUUCUAAAGACCCAGAACUUUUUGAAUGAAGUUGCCUCUCCAUUGGUGAAAACUGGGCAGGUUAGGAAGACUGAUCCUGAAAAUGCCCUGGACACUCAAGAAAUUGGAGAACUCUUUCUGGCAGAACAAACUAUUGAUUGUAGAAUGCCAAAUGGAAAUCUUUCUUUAGCUGCCAUUGCAUCCAUUGAGCAGUUCAGUAGGAUGAAUGGAUUAAGUGGGAAGAAAAUGCAGAGAAUAUUUGAAGCACUUGCUCCUGAAUAUGUAUGUAAUGAUGCACGCAACUUAGUGGAGUAUUGCUGCUUCAGAUUCUUGGCAAGGGAUAGUUCUGACAUUCAUCCUUGCUUGAAGGAACCUGCAUUUCAGAGGCUUGUUUUCGUAACAAUGCUUGCAUGGGAGCAUCCUUAUUCUGAAGACACUGGCUCAAGUGCUGAUGGUCUAAAAACUGCUUCUUUACAGGGGAAGCUUGUUGGGGAAGAGGCUUUUGUUCGUAUUGCUCCAGCUGUUGCUGGUGUGGCUGAUAGGUCAACUGCACAUAAUAUUUUCAAGGCUCUUGCUGGAGAUGAUCAGGGAAUCUCUUUAAGCUCGUGGACCACAUAUGUUGGUGAACUUCUCAAGGUGCAUGAAGGACGGAUGUCAUACCAGACAGGAGAAGCCCUUCAGCUUUUUAAUGAGCAAAUAUUAUGCAUUGGUUCUAGCAAGAAACGACCUGUUCUAAAAUGGGAGAAUAACAUGGCAUGGCCCGGAAAACUUACUUUGACAGAUAAAGCUCUCUAUUUUGAGGCAAUAGGCUUGAAGGGUCAGAGGGGAGCUAUGAGAAUGGAUCUAAGUAGAAAUGGUUCACAUGUGGAGAAAGCAAGAGUUGGACCUUUGGGAUCUGCACUAUUUGACUCUGCUGUCUCUGUUUCGUCUGGUUCCGAGACCGAAACAUGGGUUCUCGAAUUUGUUGACUUUGGUGGUGAAAUGAGAAGAGAUGUCUGGCAUGCUUUCAUUAGUGAAGUGAUUGCAUUAUAUGAGUUUAUACGUGAAUAUGGACCAGAAGAAGGUGAUCAAUCAGUACAUCAGGUAUAUGGUGCUCAUAAAGGAAAUGGAAAAGCCACAGUGAGCACCAUCAACAGUAUCGCUAGACUGCAGGCGCUUCAGUUUAUUCGUAAAUUAUCAGAGGAUCCAGCAAAGCUUGUCCAGUUCUCUUAUUUGCGAUCUGCUCCUUAUGGUGAUAUUGUUUGUCAGACUUUGGCAGUAAAUUUUUGGGGUGGUCCAUUAGGAACAAAAUUUACCGAAGCAGGGAAUCUAACAGCUCAAGGAAUAAGGCCUUCGGAUGAGGUUCCUGGGAGUAGUAUUCAUGUGUUCAACAUAGAUGGAAGUGUGUAUUUGCGGAAGUGGAUGAAAUCUCCAUCUUGGACAUCUAAUGCAUCAAUUACUUUCUGGAAAAUAUCUUCAGUAAGACAAGGUGUAGUUUUGACAAAAAAUCUUGUUGUGGCUGAUAUGACUCUUGUAGAAAGGGCAUCAGCAACAUGCAGAGAGAAAAGCCAUCUUGUUGAAAAAACACAAGCUACAAUUGAUGCUGCAAUGAUCCAAGGGAUUCCUAGUAACAUUGAUCUCUUCAAGGAACUUCUGUUUCCACUGUCAGUCACAACGAAUAAUUUUGAAAAACUUAGGCGUUGGGAGGAGCCACAUUUGACAGUCGCUUUUCUUGCAUUUUCCUAUGCUAUAAUUUUCAGAAAUUUGUUACCAUAUAUAUUCCCUAUGACAUUGAUGGCUGUAGCAGCUGCCAUGCUAUUGCUGAAGGGGCUUAAAGAGCAAGGUCGCCUGGGAAGAUCUUUCGGGAAAGUUACGAUACAUGAUCAGCCACCUUCUAACACAAUUCAAAAGAUCAUAGCUUUAAAAGAAGCAAUGCGUGACUUGGAAAAAUAUCUCCAGAAUCUGAAUGUUACACUUCUGAAAAUCCGCACGAUUGUUUUAUCAGGUCAACCUCAGAUAACAACUGAGGUUGCUCUUGUGCUAUUGUCUUCAGCAACUGUUCUCCUCAUUGUGCCAUUCAGAUACAUCCUUGCUUUUUUCUUAGUUGAUCUUUUUACACGGGAGCUGGAGUUCAGGAGAGAAAUGGUUAUGAGGUUCAUGAGCUUCUUAAAGGAACGUUGGGAUACUGUACCUGCAGCACCAGUAGUUGUAUUACCAUUUGAGAGUGGAAAAAACGGACCAGUGAAUUCUGGUGAGACUAUUGAUGAACAGGGGAAACCAGAAAGAAUACAGAGUAGUGGAAAGUCCAGAUAGAUAAUUGGUCUCCUUCCCCACCUACUGUCGUUAUACUAUACUUUAUUGAAGCUCCAUAGAUAAUCUCAGACUUGCAGGUACUGGUGGGCUUCUUAGAGACUACCUCAGUGACUUUAUUUUGACAUUCUUGGGACUCAAAGAUUUGUGUGAUUACAUUACAGUGAAAUUGAACAUGGUUAUUACAGCGAAAUUGAAGACGGUAAUCAAGGACUUCGGAAUUUCCCUCGUAAAAUGGAUGGACGGAUUUGAUAGUAGAAGGUGUGGCCAGCUUUGACUCUCAGUUGGUAUGAGUUCAAAGGUAGGUUUUUUGGGGAUGUCUGCUUCUCAUGAGAAGGUCCAAGUCCCUUUUCUUUGGGCAGGAAUAUUUCCUCUAGAUGGAGACUGCACUUGGCAAUAGCAUGGGAAUGGUCUA